GCGAGUAGUCAACGCUGCGGUUCUUUUCAGGCAAGGUGGUUGUCGAGUCGAGGAGAGUCGUGGUUGUUGUAUUUUCCCUGGGAUGAGGAUAUGUAGUUUUUAACGAUUUUCCGUUUGAAAUCGUAAAAUCAUUCUGAAGGAGCCAUUUACUUUCGAUAAAUCUCUUCGUUUUUCACCAGACGUCUUGAAACAUUUCGCUGAAGUAUCGACACUCAUUGUGUAAAGUGCACGUCAGGUAAAAUAAGUCAAAAUGUCUAAGCGAUCAUCAUACGAUCGAGAGAGACAUGGCAGACGGAGUAAAGUAUUUGCUGUUAGGUUAUUCAUCCAGCGACAGCGAUGGAAAUCUCUCGGAUGUGGAGGAUGAUCGUUCUCCACCCAAGAAAACUAAACUUGCCUUUGGUUUGUCCAAGAAGCCAAAUGUACCUAAACCGUCUGAUGGACCCUCAUCUAAAACAGUUACCAUGAAGUUGGGACUCCAGAAACCAAGCACUGACAAACCAACACCAUCCCUGAAAGCUCCAUCAAGAACUGUAGCUGCAGCAUUUAAUGUAGAUGAUGACGAUGAAGUUGAGGAAAUGCCUCCAGAAGCUCGAAUGCGUAUGCGGAACAUUGGCAGGGACACUCCAACUUCAGCUGGACCAAAUUCAUUUGGAAAAACAAAACAAGGUUUUUGUGAUGCUAAGAAAGUUUUUGAAAAGACACUUAAAAAGAAAAUGGAAGAAGUUUGAUGGAAAUAUCAUUUUCUUAUACUACCUCAAUUCUCUUAAUUGUGUCUGAUUGUUUGAUAGAGGAGGUAUAGCUCAAUGAAGCUAUGGUACAUGUUAAGUUCUUUACCUUGUAAUUGGGCAUGGAAUCAGUUAAUAGAGCUCAUUUUUCAUGAGGACUAGCCUGUAUUACUUACUGGAAGAAAUUUCAGAAAUGAGCACAUUAUCUUUUGUGUAUUGUAGAUAAGCUUUCCUUAAUUCUCCAUUUUCAAAGAAUUGACUGUAGUCCUACAAGUAUGCGGGCUUUACAUCAUUCCUAUUGCUAUUAUUAUUUUUUCUGCACAAAACUUUACAAAACAAAUGUAUUUUGACCGAUAGCUUCUGUGAUUUAUUAUUAUUUUCUUUUUUUUUUUACUCAUGUUAAUUUUGUAGUCAUAGACAAUUGUGCCAAUUGUACUCCAUGUUGUGUCUGAACUGUCUGUCAGGUCAAGCCGGGCAAGUCUAAGACUUGAAAAUAAAACCUUAUGAUCAUGCAA